GUUGGGUUCGUCCUUCACCUCUUCGGCCAACCGAAAAUGUGGACGAAACUGAGUUCCACAUUCAAGUCGAAGCAGGCUGACGACGAACACCCGAUGGCCGGUCCCUCUUCCUCUCCUUCGAAGCGCAAGUCAGCUGGAUUUCUGCAUCGAGAUGGAGGCUCUCUUCGCCUCAACUCAAUUCCUCACAAAGUCAAGUCCACGUUUAAUCUUCACGGAAACUCAUCCCAACUGACUGUCGCGUCCAACCCUUCUCAAGAAGCUCUCAGUAACACCGCUCUUCGUCCCAAAGCGACCCGCAGGUCCUCGUUCAACCUCCUUAUGCGACGACCUUCAAUCGAUGCUCUCAGACCAGCCCCGAGAAGACAAUCCAUUGACGCCUUGCGCUCGCCAAUAGACUAUUCUACUAGUCAUAACACCCGACGAGAACGCGCAGCCACUGUUAGUGGAUCUGUCCGUUCUAUUCUCAGGGAACCCAACACCCCUGUCGCAGGCAAGAACGUCCGGUUCUUCGCCCACGGAGAGUUCGACCUUGACAAUCGAGCUAUUAUUUCCCAUUCGACACCUCCAGAGCAGGUCAUAUUCCACCACUCCAGUCCACCUAAAAUCACUUCCCAUCGCUCACCCAUAAAACCGAGUCGGCCUUCCGUGGUCGACAUAUUUGCACCCUCACAUGACAGCAGUAAUCCGCCUGGACAAUCAACUUUCGACAACGCACUCGACCUCGCAACUUAUCGUCAAGAUCACAAUAAAACACCGACGACUUCGCAUAGUCGAAAUGCUUCCCUCAGUAGCCAGAGCGUGCUGUCGUCGAAGCGUUCUUCAAGCAGCAAAUCCUCCAUUUCCGAGGCAGACACAUCGUUCACCACCACCACAUCCUCGUCUUCAUCGAUUGGGCUCGACCAUUUAUUAGCUAGCGCACCGGAGGUUUCCAGCCCCAACGAUCCUUUUGGUGUCCACGCCAAAACCUACUAUACGCCACAAACGCUUAUUCCCAAUACAUCACCUGGCAGGCGCCAUAUACGUCGUGCAUCCAAGGAAGAAAACAUUAUCUUCUCCUUACAAACACAGCUUGCAAUGCAGGGUGAAUUGUGUGGACAAUACGAAUCGGAUCUACGUGCUAGAGAUCAACAAGUCGUUAUCUUGCGCCAGAAGCUCGAAGAGGCAGAGGAGGAAGACGCGAAGAAAAGGAAAUACCUCAAGGCGUGGAAAAAAAAGGUAUUGGACCUCGAAAAAACUUGUCGGUAUAUGGAGAGUGAGAUCGAAACGUCCCAUCAAGAAAGCAUGGAACGCAGUGUUAUGGAUGAAGCCAGUUCAGAGGCGCUACGAAUGUUGCAUCGCCAAAUUUCAGCCCUUGAACGCGAGCGAGACACGUGGAGAAAAGCAGAAACUUCUCUUGGCAAUGAAAUACGCAGGCUGGAAAGCUUAGUGACCGAGCAACGGAACGAGGCGAGCAUUAACGAUGAAGAUGCGACGCAACAACACGGUUUGGAGGAGUUGGGCAGCUUGGUGACCACGCUCGAAGAACAACUGGCAGCAGAGAAACUCGAGAGGGAACAGACAACGAAGGCAUUAGAAAGCCAAAACGCGAAGCUGCAGGCGAUCACAGAAACUGUCAAAUCUCGAGGCGAAGAAAUCGCCAGAUUGAGGCUACAGCUUGAUUCAGCGGAAAAGACUAAUCAGUCCCUCAAAUCUGCGGAAGCCUCUGUGUGCUCUCUGGCAAUGGAGCGGGAUGCGCUGAAGAUGCAGUUGUCGAGGUUUCAAGUGGCAGACCGCCGAGUCGGUGCGCUUGAGCACGAUUUAGAACAACUACAGGCCCUCAACGUUUCUCUCAAGCAUCAGCUUCAGUCUCGUAUCGACGCUGAGAAGGAAAUGGAGGAUCGUUUUGAAGAGAGAUUCAGUCAACAAGCUAUUCUCGGUCAACAAAAAGAGGAAACUUUGCUCAAGCUUAUCGAAGAUCUGAAGCAAGAAUCGGCUACUGUUGCCAUUCAACUCAACGAACGCCAACUUGUUUUGGAGAACGAAAAUGCGAAAAUCAGGAAAGACUGGGCUCGGGAUAAACAAGAGUGGGAGGCGAAACAGCAUGAGCUGGAAUCGCUUAAACGGCGUAGCAUUGGAACUGCACCACCACCCUCCAAGAUUUCCACCAUUCCCCGCCGACCAUCUAUCCUUCAGGCAACACCCACACCCCGCCAUCGACCAUCGUCCAUUGUCUCUGAAUCGGGGUCUGAAAGUAUCAGAGAACGUAAGGCGUCAGCAGAGAGCGUCAGCAGGAUCCCAGUUUCGUCGCGCUCUAGCCCCAAAGUGACCCACAGCACUAUGGGACCACCACCGCUUCGCUCGCGUCCGUCCUUGAUUAGUAAUAACGCUCCUAAACCGCCCAUCCGCUCACCAUCCAUUUCGCCACUCAACAAGACCCAGGGACUGGGCAAAUCCAAGAUUGUAAAGGUAAUACCUUGUGACUCGGAAAAUAACGAGAAGGAAAAUGUCGUUGUCUCAACGCGGAGGCUUUCACGUAUACCAACACUCCCUAUUUAA